UUGAAAUGCGUUUCUGCUUAUUCUCGUAUCUAACUGGUUUAGUUGUUUUGGAAUGGGAAGAAAACUGAGAAUAUCAUAGACAUUCCCACGCCCCGAUUCAUCUGAAAAGAGAACAGAACACCAACAGAAAUCCCAUUCCUGACCGUGCGCCGCCACAGAACCAGUCGUCGUUCACCUCUUCCCACUCACCAUCUUCUUCGCAGCAGUUUGAAAAUAUGGGUGACCAACAGAACACAGUUGAUCAACAGCCGCCAUCUUCUCCUCUUCCUCCUCCUCCUUCAAAGGAUGAUAUGAUUUCUUGUGUUAUGGCUUUGGAGGCUGCUUUGCUUCCCUGUUUGCCUGCCAGAGAACUUCAAGCCAUAGACCGCUCUCCCCAUCCUUCUCAUCAAAUUGAUGUGGAUCGCCAUGCUAGAGAUUUUAUGGAGGCUGCCAAGAAACUUCAACUUUAUUUUAUUAGUCUGCAACGAGAGGAUAAGCCAACCAAAGCUGAAACGCUUAAAAAGGAGAUUGCUCUUAUGGAAGAUGAGCUUAACGAAAAAAAUGAGCUGAUCAAAAAACAAGAACAAUUGAUCCUGGAGUGGAAAAAAGAGCUGACAGAUCAAUUGGACAAACACAAUACUGAGUUGAACAGAGUUUAGUUUAAGAUUUUAUUCGAAGCUUCUUUAAAUAUUUAAAAAAUUAAUGGCCCUUUUUUUACUCAAUAGCAAUUUGUAAAAUAUGAUGUGUCUUCUAUGGGCAACCGGGGAGAAUGAAAUUACUCAGAAAUCUGUUUGGUGAAUUGAAAUGUAACUUGUUAAUUAGAAUUUAAAGAAAUGAUGAUGUUCCAUUUCAUUCAACUUCAUUUUGACCUAUAUCAUUAAUCCAAACAUACCUGUCUUUCAGCAGUAGAUAUACUCUU